AUGAAGCCCGUGUACUCAUCAGUAUGUGCAUCUCUCCGGUUGCUGCGCUUCGCCAGUACUCAAGCAACUACAAGAAGUCCGUCAUUUGGCCCAGCAUUACAUGAAUACACCAGUGGAAGAUUUCUCUUCAAUGAAGACUUGCGUCGCAGAGAGCGACACUUGAAAUUCAACGUCCAGGCGCUCGCUAGCGCAAUAUGCUCGUCGCUUGGCAGACCACUCGAGGAACUGCAGAGUCUCGAGAAGCUUGCCGAAGGAGGCUUCAAUCGCAUUCUUCAAGCAACUUUCAGUGAUGGCAAGGAAGUUCUUGCUCGCCUACCUUUCCGACUCGAAGCUCCAAUACAGCACUCAGUCGCAAGCGAAGCAGCAACAUUGUCUUUCCUACACCACCAUGGUUUUCCUGUACCCAAAGUGCUUGGCUACUCCCCUAUUAUCGACAACCCUGUUGGCAUCGAAUACAUCAUACUCGAAAAGCUGCCAGGGCGGCCACUUGGCGAUCGAUGGUUUUCACUCGAGAACAAGGCAGUGGUGCAGGUCAUGAAACAGCUCGUUGACAUAGAGCAAAGGUAUCUGCGCCUCCCAUUGCCUGCUUCUGGAAGUCUGUACUUCCGACGAGAUCUCGGCAGCGAUGAGGAGUUUGUGCCCGUACCCGAUCUUUCUGCACCAAAUCUCGACAUUGGAGUCGGACCUAUCGCUUCUUAUGCUUGGUGGUACCGUGAGCGAGCGCGUCUGGAUAUUGACCGCGGACCUUGGAAGAUCUUUCUUGAAUGCUUUGAGGCCGCGGCCAAACGAGAGCUUGCGUUUUGUCAGAAAUAUGGCAAGCCACGCCUCAACGUCGAGCGUUAUCUUCGCGAUCUAGACAAUCUCGAACCGCAAGACCCUGCCUAUCACUCCCAACUUCUACAUGACUUUCUACGCUUGGCUCCGUCUCUCGAUAUCGAUGCCGGGAACAGCCUCGCGCGCCCGACUCUCCGUCACCCUGACCUUUCACCAAAUAAUAUCCUGGUUAAUGAUGAUAAUGAGAUCGUCGGCAUUAUUGAUUGGCAGCAUACCGUCAUCUUACCAUUAUGCCUCUGUGCUGGAAUCCCGAAUCACUACCAGAAUUGGGGUGAUCCAGCCUCAGAUACGCUACGACAGCCCGAGACGAAGCUGCCUGCGGAUUAUGAUUCUAUGGAUCCAGCCUCUCAGCAGAACGCCCGAGAGACGAUGCGUCGACGUCUAGUUCAUUUCUACUAUGCCGCAUUGCAUCUCAAGAAGGCGGGGGAUCACUACGACGCUUUUCGAAACGACAACUCGAUGCUUCGAGCCAAGUUAUUCUCUCGAGCCGGUGCACCAUGGGAAGGCUCCUCGCUGUCCCUUGAACAUGCUCUAAUCGAAAUUCAACAACACUGGCCUCUUCAUAUAGAAGGCUCACCUCCAACCCAGGCAGUCGAAUGCCCGGUACGCUAUCAUCCCGAUAGAAUCCAAGCGUGUCUUGAGAAGGUCAAGCAAGAAGAAGAGCAACUUGACGACCUUGACGAUAUGAGAGCGAUGCUAGGAACAGAUGCCCAGGGCUGGGUUGAGAAUGACGAGCAUCUUGCGCAUGCACAGGAGAUGCGAGAGUCGAUGAGAGCGGGUUUUCUCCAAGGCUGUGAAACUGAGCUAGACAGGAUUGCUGUGCGAGACCAUUUUCCGUUUGAUGACCACGAAGAGGAGUAG